AUGGAUGAGGCCAUUGACGAGAGAAUCGGGAAACUUCCUUCAAAGAUUGAGGAUGUAUACCGCAAGAUUCUGGAUAGAAUCAAACAAGGGCCAUCCCAGGCCGAUAGAAAAUACACCUUCAAUGCCCUGCACUGGCUUCUGUCCGCCCAGCAAACUCUUACCGUGCUAGCUGCAUUGCGACUUACAUUAUGGUGCCGCGAACGAGAUAGUCUCGCCGUCGGGAACAAGACCAUCGCCGAGAAACCGUGGGGUCUGAGAAACAAGGGGUUUCAGGUCUAUGGCCUCGCGGGAAAAACAGAAGACGCGAUGAGACUCAAUGUUGCUGUCGCGCUCGCCGCGGCGGGCUUUGUUACUGCGAUUCCCCAUCCAUCAUCAUCUGCCCCAUCCGCCCCAACGGGAAGCAGCUAUGCGUCUGGCUUUGACAUGACUAGGAGCUGGGCAAACUUGAGUCCCUACAAAGGCGCAGAUAGCUUCGGUGUCCCCAAAGGUGUGCCCACAGGAUGCGAGCUAUCCCAGGUCCAUGUUCUGCAUCGCCAUGCCGAGCGAUAUCCUACCGACUACCCAUUAGACGGCGAGGGCAUGGAAGAUUUCGCCGCAAAGCUGGUCAAUCACUCAGAGGCUCAUGGGGGUAAAGUCGCAUCUGGCCCAUUGAGCUUCCUAAAUGAUUGGGAGUAUCUCCUUGGCUCAGAUACGCUGAUGGAGACUGGGGCGGCAACGGAAGCCACCUCUGGCGCCAACUUCUGGAUCAAGUACGGGCGCCUGCUGUACAGGCCCGAUCGUGACCAUGUCGCUGCUUGGAACGGGUCGUUGAAUGUGUAUCCCAAUGGAACUGCUCGCCCGAAGCCGGUCUUCCGGACGACUUCUCAGGCGAGGAUAUUGGAGAGUGCGCGGUGGUGGCUCAGCGGCUUCUUCGGAAACAGCGGUGCCAACAGCUCCUACGAGCAGUACGACCUUGUCAUCAUCCCCGAGGCGUCCGGGUACAACAACACCCUCGCUUCCUAUGACUCGUGCCCAGGCGACAUGACGGAAGGAGAUGACUCUGCGGAAGUUUUCAUCCCGCGGUAUACGAAGGACACCAUCGCCCGUCUAUCGCCGUACUUUUCCAACAACUUCAACCUAACGGCCUACGACAUCCUCGCGAUGCAGAACCUGUGCGCCUAUGAGUACACCAGCUUCGGGGCGUCAGCAUUCUGCACACUCUUCACCGAGCAAGAAUGGAAGGACUACGCGUAUAAUAUCGAUAUCCAGUACUAUGGCGACUACGCGUAUGGCUCACCCACCGGUCGGGCUCAGGGUAUCGGCUAUGUCCUUGAGCUGGCUGCAAGGCUGCAAGGACAUCUGAUUACAUCCAGUGACACGAGCAUCAACGCUACUCUUGACAACAACCUUGAUACCUUCCCUCUCGACCAGCCGUUCUACAUGGAUAUGUCCCACGACGACAUUAUUCUCUCUGUGCUCUCUGCGCUGGGACUCGAGUACUUCAAUUUCGGUCCGAAUGGUCUUCCGGGGAAUGUUGACCAUGCACCAGCAAAUCGGACUUUCAAGCUUAGUGAGAUGACGCCCUUUGGUGCUCGAUUCAUCUCGGAGGUCUGGACGUGUCCGGCGAAUGUUUCGUUUGCUUCAUUGAAUCCUGUUCUGUAUACGAACCCUCGGCUUGAGGGUUCAAACGGGACAUCGAAGUAUAUCCGCUUUGUGCUGAACAGUGCGCCUCUCCCGCUUGAUGGUCUGCUUGGCUGCGAGGAUGCUGUCAAUGGGUUCUGUGCAUUGGAUAGAUUCUUAGAAGGAGUUCCGACGUUGAAGGAGAAGGCUCAGUAUCAGAAGGCUUGCUUUGGUGAUUAUCCUACUGGCGAGCAGGUUGGGGAUGGAGCUCCGACUUCUCAGACUUUGUUGGUCUAA